GGUCCUGAUCUAGUUAGUGAUCUGGACGGUGCGAAACCUCGAUUGCCACGAUCAAAGGCAGAAUCCGAUUCACCGCCACGUGUCCCCGACGCCCUGCUCCUAUAAAUAGCUGCGUCAACAAUCUUCCAAUUUUGUACUGUAGUAUAUUGUUCAUCACUUCCUACUCCACUGAGAGAAGAAUCCCCUUUUUAGAACUUCGUUUUCUCAUCGAAACCCCCACCAGUUUCCAUUCCUCUGUCGUUUUCGUUUUCGCUGUUCUUGUAAAAUCCGAGAAAGAACCCAGAACCAAAGACAUGGCUAAUACUAACCAAGAUCCGAGUCGUUUAUGGACUUUUCUCACCCUUCUCCACUCUCUCGCCGGGCCAGUUCUUAUGCUGCUGUACCCUUUGUAUGCGUCGGUAAUAGCGAUAGAGAGCCCAUCAAAGGUAGACGAUGAGCAGUGGCUUGCUUACUGGAUCAUAUACUCAUUCCUCACUCUCAUGGAGAUGCUCCUCCAACCUGUCUUAGAAUGGAUACCAUUUUGGUAUGAUCUAAAGCUGGUGUUCGUGGCGUGGUUAGUUCUGCCUCAGUUCAAGGGAGCAGCUUUCUUGUACCACCGAUUUGUUAGAGAGAAUAUCAGGAAAUACGGGUUAGUCGAUGGCAAUUGGAAGUCUCCUCCCGGCAAGGCCAAGGGCAAGAACAAGUUUGUGGACUUCAUUACCACUAAGAAAGGAGAGCACGAGGCUUCUUGAUCACACGGGCAAGGAGGGACGAGGAGAGAUUUCUUUGCGUUUACGUUAGGGGGGGUGGGGGGGGGGGGGGGGGGGGGGGGGGGCGGGGUUGGAAUAUCUGAUCAGUUGUUUCUAAUCAUCUUUUUCUUUAUAGUAGUUUGUAGUGAGUGUUGAUAAUGGUUUUGCACUUUUACUUCAGCCUUUGUGUGCAAGAAUUCUAGACUGUCUAUAAGUUGGAACGGUACUUCACCUAACACUUUCCUGAUGAAUAAGUUAAGUUUCCAUUUUGUUUCAAAGGUUGUUUAAUCAUAGUUUUACAAGGCAAUUUUUGUGA